AAAAGCGUGGCGCACCCGGAAGUCGGGUCCAUGAAAGCCGGAAAUAGGAAGUUCUCGCUUCUCACGCUUCGGAGGAGACGAGAAGGUGCCAGUUCUUAAGCAGCUCUUCCAGAACUGUGAAUGUACCAGAGAGUGAAAUCAGCACUGGAUCCACAGCCCUUGAACUUGGACGACGUUGGCUGUUGUUGGAAACAGCCUCCUAGAACGUGGGCGUAUUCUGCAAACGGCUCCUUGCAUCACCCCGACCCCGGCAGAGACACGGUUCCCCAGGGCUAACAGAACAGCAUGUCCCAAGCCACAAAACGCAAGCAUGUGGUGAAAGAAGUCCUAGAAGAGUAUGUGGUGCCUUCAGAGAGGCAGCAGAUCGUCCGGGUGGUGGGGACCCCUGGCAACAAUCUCCAUGAGGUGGAGACAUCUGAAGGGACGCGGUUCCUUGUGAGCAUGCCCACGAAAUUCCGCAAGAAUAUCUGGAUCAAGAGAGGUGACUUCCUGUUGGUAGAUCCCAUAGAAGAGGGGGAGAAAGUGAAAGCUGAGAUCAGUUUUGUCCUCUACAAGGACCAUGUUCGCUACCUGAAAAAGGAAGGAUACUGGCCUGAGGCCUUCUUGGGUGGUGUGGCAGGAGCUCAGAGCAGUGCUAAAGACAGCAGGGAUGGGCCACAGAGCCCACCACGUUCUGCGGGGGAGGAAGACUCUGAGGACGAUGAUGCAGACUUGUUUGUGAAUACCAACAGGGUGAACUACAACUACUUGGAGAGUGAAGACAGCGACUCAGAUGAGGAGGAGAAGUGACAGGUCAAGCCAGCCUGGGGGCUUCCAUAACUUUGCUCAGAGAAAAGGGGGCAUUGCCUCAAACCCCAUCCUCUUGUCUAAUAGGGUUAGCUGUUUGUCCCCUUUUUCUGGAGGGGUGUGUGUACUUGCAGGAGCAUUUUGGAGCUGCUAUAUUGCAGGCAACAACAACAAAAAAUUGGCUCAGCCUGUUAGCAGCAGCCAUGGCUCAUUCCUUGAGGAACUUUGACCCUGUCUUGACCAGAUGCCUCUACUGUGUUCCAGGCCUCUUUCCCUUUCUCCCUUUGCCUUAUUUAGUCACUGCCUGGCAUGCCA